AUGAAAUGGCUGAAGACAAACACAGGUCAUCACAAACAUCUCCAACUAAAAAAAAUGUUCAAAAAGAUCUUCUCUCGAGUUUCGAAUAAUGAAGCCGAUGAUGACUUGUCCUCUCUUCCCUCCACAAAACACAACAUCUUUAAAGAAACUCUCAGCACGGAAUUAAUUUUAAUAAUUGCACAAUAUUUACCAAUUGGAGAUUUGAAUUCUUUUGCGAGAAGUGAUGAAUAUUUAUUGGAAAUGAUUUUUGAUUUGACUGUUGAAAAAGUGGAGGCCAUUGCAAAGAGAAAACAAGAAUUGUUGCAACUUGACCUUGAAAGUAGGAUUGUAUCGGUCAAAGAUCAGUAUAAAGAAAACGAAACUGCACUUGCUCAGACACUUUUGUGGAAACCACUUGUACUUUAUUACUUUCCAAAUUAUUCAGCAAGUUUGAAUGUCAAGAAUUGGAUGCAUGUCAUGAGAAGGAGAGUCAUCCAUUUACAAAACAAAUUUCCACAAGAAUUACCACUUUCGAAAAUAAUUAAAGAAGAAUCUGGACCUUUAGGAUCAACAUUUAGAAAGAAUAAGGACAGACAAUUUAUUGAGAAUUGUGAUUGGGAAUAUGAAUGUCCAUUGAAGAAGUCUACUGCUUUUAGACAUGUUUCGAAAGGAGUUUCGUUUUGUGCUGUUUGUAAAGAAAAUGUUUAUGAAGUAAUUAGUGACAAUGAUUUUGAACAUCAUGUAAAACAAGGUCAUUGUGUUUCAUUCUCCAAAUAUUUGGUUGAGGAGAAACGUCCACUAAUGCGAGGAAAGAUUGCAUACAGGCCUGCAAACAAUCAUUAA